CUCGAACCCCGUGCGACGUUUCCUUCGACAUGGUCGAAUGACGGAAGGAUGCGGGAUCUGGCAUUCGAUUCCUUCGGAUGGGUAGAUGGACCGUAUCUCCUCUCCUAAAUCCUAAAUCUUAUUCCGUAGUUUUCCAAUGAUUUUACUGAAUGCCUUGUGUUGUCUGAUUUUAUGUGCUAUGAGUUGUUCUUGACAGCUGCUCUUAACAGUUGCUCCUAACAGUUGUUCUUAAUAUCCCAACUACAUAUCAGACGCAUGCCGAAGAAUCCACUGCGGAAAUGCGUCAGUAUAGGUAGUGAUUGAUAUUGCAAUCUUACUUACCUUGUUGUUCCUCUCAACUCUCAUCAAACAGCCCUGGACGUGGUGGACCAGGUCAUCUCGUGGCAGAUUCUUGGCUUAUACAACUAGUUUGUAUACCCUACCUACGCAGGCAGCCUAUCAAGAGCCAGACCGUCUUAAAUGACACUCUCGGCGUGGUUGCGAUAUCAAAAUUCAUAGGUCGGCAGCAAGUGAAUUGUCGGUUGAGUAACGCCAACCAUGCAUCUCCCCGGGCACUCGACUAGAGAGGAUGAAGAGGCCCUUCUCCCUCAAAUGCCGUCAGAUGAAGCGGAUCGCACGAGGUGGUCAUCUAGAUGGAGAAAGAGUCUUCGUCCGAUUUCGUUCAGGGCAGCCCUUUGGCAAUGCCUCGCCUUUAUGAGGCCAAGCUUUCUAGCCAAGCGAUCGUCAGUCGAAGAAUCAGAGAAGUCAAAUGCCGCGUCAAAAAAGCCGCACUCGACGGAAUAUCUUGAUGGUGUUCGCGGCGUCGCUUCUCUGAUCGUUUUUAUUCUUCACUGGACUCACGUUCCAUACCCGUCUAUUAACUCUGGAUGGGGAUACAAAAAUAACACGUCGUUAUGGUUGUUGCCGUUCGUUCGGAUCAUCUACUCUGGCGCCGCUAUGGUAUCGGUAUUUUUCGUCGUCUCCGGUUUUGUGCUUUCCCACCGAUUCAUCCAACGGAUGCACCGCCAGGAGUAUCCCGAGUUGUUCUCCGGACUGACCUCGCUUACCUUUCGCCGGGCUAUUCGCCUAUUCCUCCCAGCCUUCGCGUCUAGCACGAUGGCUUUCAUAUGUGCCUACCUCGGUAUGAUAGACAUCCCUAAGAAAGUAGAUGGGAAACCGUUCGAGCAUGGCCUAACGUCGUAUCUCGAAUACCUCGACAUGGAGUCCAAUCCGUGGGAGUGGACGCCAGACUUCUCUGGGUUCUAUAAUCCUCAACUAUGGUCUAUUGCUGUCGAGUUCAGGGGCUCGAUGGUCGUCUUUCUACUCAUCGUCGGGCUUGCAAAGACCCGGACUGCCGUUCGACUUAUUGUCGAAAGCCUGCUUAUGAUCCAUUGCUUCGGCCAUAAGCGCUGGGAUCUCGCUCUGUUCAUCUCAGGGAUGUCUCUAGCAGAAAUGGAAGUGCUGCUGAGGAAGCCUAAGAAUCCAUCAGCGAGGAAGUUAGUAAAUGGACUCCUUGUACUGACUAUGAUACUUGGUCUUUUCCUUUGCGGCUAUCCUCGAGACCACAACACCCAAACUCCCGGCUACGUCUGGUCGAAAUAUGUUUGGCCCUUCGGUGCAUACCGCCGUCGCUUUUGGUUAGCAAUCGGUGCCAUGCUACUCGUCGGCCCAAUGGCGUUCUUACCGUCUGUCCAAUCCGUGUUCCUUACUCGACCAGCUCGAUAUCUUGGACGGAUAAGCUAUGCGCUCUAUCUUGUUCACGGGCUUGGCAACCGAACAAUUGGUAAAUGGCUGCUUGACAUCUGCUGGGCAUAUAUUGGAAAGGAAGGGCUCUGGCCUUACGCCAUAAGCUUUAUUAUCUCUACCUUGCUGUACUUCCCCGUCGUGAUAUGGGGCUCUGAUGUGUUCUGGAGAGGAGUUGAUGUGCCUUCAACAAAUUUUGCAAGAUGGUUCGAAAAGAAAUGUGCUGCGCCAGUGGGUGCGAGGUAAGGGAAUUUGCAAAUGGAUGUAUAUAAGCAACCGAGUAUAAAUAGAACAGAACUUGACGUUUCCAACCGUCUCCUUAC